AUGGAGAAGAGAAACCAAACUGUCAUCUCUGAGUUCCUCCUCCUGGGGCUGCCCAUUCAGCCAGAGCAGCAAAACCUCUUCUAUGCCUUGUUCCUGGCCAUGUAUCUCACCACCGUCCUAGGCAACUUCAUCAUUAUCGUCCUCAUUCAACUGGACUCCCACCUUCACACACCCAUGUAUUUAUUUCUCAGCAACUUGUCCUUCUCCGACCUCUGCUUCUCUUCUGUGACCAUUCCCAAAUUGCUGCAGAACAUGCAGAGCCGAGUCCCAUCCAUCCGCUACGCAGGCUGCCUGGCCCAGAUGUAUUUCUUCCUGCUUUUUGCAGACCUGGAGAGCUUCCUCCUUGUGGCAAUGGCCUACGACCGCUAUGUGGCCAUCUGCUUCCCCCUGCACUACACCAUCAUCAUGAGCCCCCGGCUCUGUCUCUCUCUGGUAGCACUGUCCUGGGUGCUGACCACAUUCAUUUCUUUGUUGCAUACCUUACUUAUGGCUCGGCUGUCUUUUUGUGCAGAUAAUGUGAUCCCCCACUUUUUCUGUGACAUGUCAGCUCUGCUGAAGUUGGUCUGCUCUGACAUUCAGAUAAAUGAAAUGGUGAUAUUUAUCUUAGGAGGGCUUGUCAUUAUUGUUCCAUUUAUGUUGAUCUUUUCAUCCUAUGUACGAAUUGUGUCUUCCAUCCUCAAGGUCCCUUCUGCCAGAGGCAUCUGCAAGGCUUUCUCCACCUGUGGCUCCCACCUCUCUGUGGUAUCUCUCUUCUAUGGAACAAUCAUUGGUCUCUACUUAUGCCCAUCAGCUAAUAAUUCCUCUGUUAAGGAGACUGUCAUGGCUGUAAUGUACACGGUAGUGACCCCCAUGUUGAAUCCUUUUAUUUACAGCCUAAGGAAUCAGGACAUAAAGGGAGCCUGGGGAAGGCUCUUGUCAAAGAGGAUAAUUCACUUUUCUUUGGGGCAUUGA